GAGCCAAAAAUCAUAUGGUACCAACGAAAUGUAAACAAUUCCGUCAACAAGCAUAACAUUUUAUACAUAGUUGUGUGGAAUGUAAUCGGAAUCAGGUUUUUUUUUCAUAUUUCGAAAACGAGUCAAAAAAAUUUAGAAAAUGUUGUCAUUACGACAAAAACUUAAAUUGUGUGGCUUUGCUAUCGGUAUUUUCGGUUGUUUUGCGAUUUUCGGUCUGUUACAAGAACAAAUUUUCCGUGGUCGAUAUGGUGAUGAGAUUGGACCCGAUGGCAAAGUGGGUGAACGAUAUACCAUGCCGAUUACAUUCGGGGCCGUUCAGUGCGUAUUUUUUGUUUUGUUUGCAAAAGCAUUAACAUUUACCCAUGACCAUCCGAAGAAUGAAACUAGUCAGGGAUUCUAUGCAUUGACCGGAAUCUUUUACGUGCUGGGAAAAGUGACGUCGCAUAUGAGCUUGCAGUGGGUGCCGUAUCCAACACAAAUUGUUGGCAAAUCUUGCAAACCGAUUCCAGUAAUGAUUCUGGGUGUGCUGAUCGGACGGAAGAGGUACUCGUGUCGGAAGGUGAUAUUUGUCUUAACAAUUGUCAUGGGUGUGAUGCUAUUCAUUUUCAAAGACGAAUACACAGAAAAGGACGGUGAAAAUCCCCUACUGGGAAACAUAUUGAUAGCAAUUAGUCUGUUGAUGGAUGGCCUGUGUGGAGCUACAGAGGAUCGCAUGAGAUCGGUGAAUAAGCCGGCGCCACUGAAUUUCAUGAUGUACAUGAAUUUUUGGUCUUCGAUUUUUUUGCUGACAGGAGUCGUGGUGUUCGGCGAAGGUCCAAAGGUGUACGCAUUCGUUCUGAAGCAUCCCGAAAUUUUGAAGUUCUUCGGAAUUGCCGUUGUUGUGGCAUCAUUUGGACAGAUUUUCAUUUCAUCAAUGAUUUCUAACUUUGGUCCGUUGGCGCUGUCACUAACAACGACGACGCGAAAAUUUUUUUCGGUCUGCCUGUCGGUAAUAAUAUUUGGCAAUCACCUAACAUACAGACAAUGGGGAGCGGCUAGUUUAAUAUUUGGAGCGCUUAUUGUUGAUGCGCUGAUAAAUAAACCGAAAAAGAAUGACGAUGCAGAGACACAAAAUUCGCUUACAGAAAUCACAGAAAUAACGAAACCAGAAAGUGACAGAAACAAAAAUGACGAAAAAGAACCGGAAAUUCAAGGGAUCUACAUCAAGAAAGCCGAAGAAUGAAGGACAUUGUCGCUCGGAUCAAAUUUGUCUUUCACCAUUUUAUCUACGAAAAUAAUAAAAACUCUUAAAAAAA